GUUUUGGUUUAUGGAAAAUAAUCAAAUUAUCUUCAUGAGCCAAGACGAUUAAGAUUAUUUAUUUAGUGAUGAAGAUGAUUAAAUAUCGUAAAUAAUUGAACAAGAUUCCACAGGUCGAUUUUGUAAGGUAAUUUAUCGAAUUUAUUUUUAGUAUAAUGAAGAAAUUGGUAAAGGAGCUUACAAAAGUGUAUUUAGAGGAUAUGAUAAUCAAAGUGGAUGCGAAGUGGCUUGGAAUGUAUUUUAAUUGAAUAGUGUUCCAGAAAGUAAAUAAAAUCAAAUAUUUAAUAAAUAGACGAAAGAAGAAGAGUCAGAUAAGAGAUAUCAAUUCUAAGCAGUCUUAAACAUGAUAAUAUUAUAAACUUCAUACAUUCAUGGCAUAAUAAAGCAAAAAAAGAAAUUGUAUUCAUUACUGAGAUCAUAAAUGGAGGCUCGUUGAAAAAGUAAAAAAAUUUAUAUGUGUAGUUAUUUACGUAGAAUAACUAGGCCAAAGUUAAAGGUUAUAAAGAAUUGGUGUAGAUAGAUACUCUUAGGUUUGGAAUAUCUUCAUAAAUAAAAUAUCAUUCAUAGAGAUAUGAAAUGUGAAAACCUUUUGAUUGACACAAAUAAUAAUGAAUUAAAGAUUGGUGAUUUGGGUCUUUCAAUUUAGUAAUACAUAAUAAUUAAAUAAAGAUUGUAAUCAUCAUUUACAACUUCUGUUCUUGGUACUCCCGAGUUCAUGGCACCAGAAAUUUACUAGGAACAUUAUGAUACAAAAGUUGAUAUCUAUGCUUUUGGGAUGUGCCUAUUAGAAAUGGUUACUGGAGUAAAACCAUUUUGUGAGUGCAAAGGAGGCACGGGUUAAGUGAUUAAGAAAGUGAUGGAAUAGCAGAAGCCUUAAUCAAUUGAUGCUAUUCUGAAUGAUAAAAUCAAAGCAAUUAUCUUAGAGUAAAUUGAUUUUUUUUGCAAACCAGAUGCCUAAAACCACCAGAAGAACGUCCUUCUGCGACUUAAUUAUUAUAGACUCAUUUUAAUCUUCAAAUGACCGAUAAUGACAACCUUCCUGUUCCAAUCAAUGACCAAUUCCUCUAGUAAUUAAGGGAUGACAGUAAAAGUAAUUGAACUUAAUAUUAUUAUAGAUUCAUCUAUUUUAAAAUGUAAUUUGUCUAAUAAAAUUAUGCUAACAGCAGGUAGUAGUAAAUUUGAUACUAAUUCAGAAAUUAGUAUUCAAAAAUAAAAUUAAUUAUUAGAUUUAAGAAAGAAAAAUCUAAUUAUUUAAACAGAAGAUGAAACUGAACAAGUUUUUUCAAAAUGUUAUAAAGAUUAUAUUGUAAAUUAUUAUUAUAUUGUAGUGUUGUAGAAAUGAUGAAACUUUAUAAGAUCUUGAAUAAAGAUAGGAGAAAGAAUUGCAAAUGUUAAAAUAAUUGCAUUUGUAAUAAAAACAAGAAUAUAUAAAAAAGGCUUCAAAUAAUAACGUAAACAUUAAAACAUCAACAUAACCAUUUCAAAGUUCUGAGUUUUUAUCUCCUGGAUCUUAUUAAAAUUUUUUUGAUUUUCAAUAAGAACUAGGUUAUACAAAAUAAGUGAUAGAAAGUCCCUGUUUAGAGAGGAAUAGUAACAACAGAUUAGUGAGGCUGGGAAUGGUAAUUAAUAUUUAUUAUUAAAUUUUAAGAUAGUAGAUAACAGCUCUGGAGUUUAAUAAUAUUAAAAUCAGUCAUAAUAAGUUGGUAUUUAGAAUCAAAUUAUUGUAGAUAAAUAAUUAGAGGUCAAUAUUUGACAAUCUAAUAAAAAACAACCAAAAAUAUAAAAAUAAAUUAAUUCAAAUAUCUUUCUUGUUUACAUCAUCAACUCUAAUUUUUUUAAUAGUAAAAUUAAAAUAUAUUUAAUGAAAGACGAAAAUCAUUUUGAUUGGCCUGGUCCUACAAGAAAUGAUCUCAUGUACUUAUCAACAAUCAGUAUAUUCUAAACUAAAAUAUUAAGGAAAUUAAAAUAAAUUACGAGCGAUUACUUAAGAUUAUAAAUUUACAACAAACUUACCAAAAUAGACAUAUUAUAACAAAGAAACCUUUAUUAAUAAAGUCAAUGAUAUUCCAAUUAAGUAUAAUAAAUUUGAGACAGCAAGGGAAAGUCUAUAUAUUAAUGAUAUAGCUGUAUAUAAAUUAAUUCAAAUUUAGGGAGCAAAACCAUAGAUAACUAAGUUUAAAACAAAUAGAGAAACAAAUCCUAUUGAGCCAAUAUACAAAAUCCCAUCAUACUAAGAAGCUGAUACUUUUUAGCCUAAUAAAUUUAUAAGAGACACAUUAAAUAUAUCAGAUAUAGAAGGAACAGUUCCAAAGAUUAAAAUAAAUAAUCCAAGAAAUAUAGAUCCUUACACUUUUAUUGAGGGUUCAAAACCUAAACAAAUAAGACAUGUAAUUCGUCCUUCUGAAGAAUAAGAUAUGAAGAAUAAGAUAUGAAGAAAACUUCAAUUCGUUAAAAUGAUCCACUUUAGCCUGUUUAU